UGAACCACUUAUUUUCAUGCAUUAAACAUAACUAUAAAUGCAAUAUAAAACAUUAUAUCAUUCUAAUAAUCUUAUACAGAAAAUGAAUAACAACAUUCCUGAAAGUGUGAGAAAGAGAGUGAUAAUCAAAGAGCUUGUAAAGGGUCAAGAAGCUGCAACCAAACUCAAAUUUCUUCUUCAGAAUGAGCAAAAUCCCUUUGGUGAUGGCUCUCUUUUAUCGUACAAACUUGCUGCAAAUGUGCUGAGAUCAUUCACAGAAGCUCUUUCUAUUGUCUCUCAACCAGGUUGUGAGGAUUUUCUGAAUCUGCUAAAUCCCGGCGAAAACGGAUCGCCGGUGCUGUCAGACACCGGGAUUGAUCCACCGGCCGGAGAUUCUGCUGGUAGUGUUGUAAAGAAGAGUUUAAGAGGUUCCUACAAAAGAAGGAAGUGUGCAGAUACAUGGUCCAUAGUUUCCCAAACCACUGUUGAUAAUCAUUCAUGGAAAAAGUAUGGACAGAAGGGAAUCAUGAAUUCUGAAUACCCCAGGAGUUAUUUCAGGUGCACAUUUAAGCAUGAUCACGGCUGCUUAGCAAUCAAACAGGUGCAAAAAACACAAGACAAACCUGAUGUGUAUCAAAUUACUUACAUUGGCAUUCAUACAUGCAACAAUACCACUAAUGUUACAGAUAAACAGAAGCAAGAAUUAGUGGUGUCUGAUGAUGUUGCUGAUGCUGUGUUAGUGUUUGUUUCAAAGUCCAGCAAUGGAGUCCUUAAUUAGUUGCUUAUAUGUUUUGAGUAAUGUUGAUUGUUGAUAUUGAAAUAAAUUUGAUCAUCUCAUUGAUCGGUACAAAAAAAUUAUUCCUGCAUAAAAACAUUUGCUUAAAUUCACUUUUAAUUCUCUAUUUUUGGUUGAUUCAACAUUUUGUUCCUCCAAUUUUUAUAUAUGAUUGUAUAGUCUUCAA